GGAGGGGAGAGUGGAGCGGCUGAGGUUUGAUGAGGUUUUCCGCCGAGAAUCUGUAAAACAGCAACAUGAACUGCUGUGUGGGUGCUUCCUGAUGGAAGAUUGGUGCUAAAAGAAAGAAUCUACAGUCUUCAGCUAGCAGGAUUUUGACAAUUCUCCAGUUGCCUUGGGAGCUGGGGAGGUUGCUGUCUCUGAGCAGAUAUUUGCCAUUUCCUGCCUGGAUGCAAAGCAGUACUUGAAUCACAUCUGCUACUUUCAUACUUGAGGAACCAUAUUUUUUUGCUGUGUAACAGACAUUAAAUAAGACAAGCUAUUAUGUCUAAGAAGCAAAACCAAAAAGAUUUGUCAGGAUUCAUAUUUGAUGUGCAGUCAAAUACUGUGAUGGCCCAAGGAGGUACCUUUGAAAAUAUGAAAGAGAAGAUUAGUGCUGUGAGAGCGAUAGUCCCUAACCGCAGCAACAAUGAGAUUAUCCUAGUGCUGCAACACUUUGAUAAUUGUGUAGAUCGAACUGUACAGGCUUUCAUGGAAGGUAGUGCUGCUGCAGUGUUGAAAGAAUGGACGGUAACUGGCAAGAAAAAGAACAAAAAGAAGAAGACCAAAUCAAAACCCCCUGCAGAAUCGAGUGUCAACGUUCCUGAUUCCAGCAAGCCAGCGGCCCCUGAAGAAGAACAGUCUGCAGUUUCAUCAGAGAAGGGUGGGAUUAACGGUUACCAUGUCAAUGGUUCGGCCAAUGACACGGAGUCUGUGGACUCACUCAGUGAAGGCUUGGAGACACUUUCCAUUGAUGCAAGAGAGUUAGAGGAGAUUGAGCCUGCUAUGCCUGAGGCUCCUGAUGGGGCAGCAUUGUUACAGUUUGAAAAUGGAAUAACCAACUUGAGUCCAAAAUCUGCAAGCACGCGGUCUUCCCAGAAUACCCAGCCCCUCAGAGUGCAACCUGAAUUGAGAAACGCUGGCAAGCCACUUUCCAGACCUGCUUCCAGCACCCAAUCUCCAGCUCUUUCAUCCCUAGCAAUGCUGGAUGAGGUCCCUGUGCCCCCUGGAAACAAAAAACUAGGUUCCAAUAUUGAAAAAUCGGUAAAAGACCUCCAGCGAUGCACCGUGUCACUGUCCCGGUAUCGGGUUGUGGUUAAAGAAGAGAUGGAUGCUUCUAUUAAGAAAAUGAAGCAGGUCUUUGCAGAGCUGCAGAGUUG